AUGGGACGUGCUUGUCGGCCGCGAAUGCUCCCAGAAUAUCUCACCUUGUCGCUCACCCGUGGCCGAAGGCUGAGCGCCUGUCUUGCCCUCACCACCACUCCACCAAACUGCCUAUGGAAACGAAUGCCCACGAUGAUGGCCGCCCAUGACGGUGCACGGACGGCCACAAACUGCCCACGACCCACCACCACCCCACCAAGGGCGAUGACAGCCCCCACCACUCCCAGCUACGGGGACGGGCGCCUCACCUCACCACCCGAGCUACAGUGA